GUCUCUACAGUAAUCAUUGCUUCUUGGAUGCACCUUUUGCACCGUUGUGCACGAAUGCUUGUAAGUUUAACUUGAUCUUCGAAGAAAAUGGAAGAAACAUUGGAGGAAGGACCCACCGUGAAUUUUGACAGAACCACAUUAGAAAUAGCUAAGCAAACGGAAAGGGACUCUAAAGAAGGAACAGACUCUUUCACAGCAAAGAAGAACAACGUUCCUACUGAAUCGGUGCCAGUGCACAAUGUCCCAAGUAUACCUUUCAGGCACAUCGAUGCCCACACCUUUUUCUCAAACAGGCAAGAAAUUGUUGAACAGGCCACAAAGGACUGCUGCAGGGACUUAGUGGACGAGGCAGAGGCCGAUGUCAUUGGGACUUGGUUAUUAACGGAGAUAAGUUUAUGGGAUACGGAAAAAGAGAGACUGCUGUUUCUGACUAAAGGUGCUCUCUACUCGGUCAAGUAUGAUUUUAUAUCCCUGCGCAUCCUAGACUACUAUAAAUUGUCGUUGUCAGAGGUAGAUACGCUUGUAAAGGGAGAGUUGGAGUAUCCUGCGACUUCGGUUGUUCCACGCCUAAAUGGUUUGACGGAUGGUGUGUCCUCCAUUGUUCAAAAUGCGGUGCGUCGGCAGUGGUCGUCACUGGACGCACGAUCCGGUCUCUCUCAAUUUGAACCGAGGAAACGAAAUUUGACCGGAGUAAGGAUAAUGUGGAACAGAGGACAGCCUCUUCCCUUAGUCAAGAAGUGGAAUCCAUUUGCAAAGAACAUUCCAUGGCUGACGUACACUAGUCAUCCACUUUUUUGGCACAAAGGAUCGGAAUUGGAGAAGGCAAGAUUCGACGUGGAAGAUUUUCAUAAGACCAUUGCCCAAGUUUUGCCCGAAGGGUGUAGUGUCACCGAUGGUUCGAUUAUCGUGGAAAAUUACCUAGGCCUUGGAGCCAUAAUACACAAUCGCAGUUCCCUAGGCUUUUUCAAAAUCCGUGGAAAAGUCAGUUUUUAAAUUCUGGCACUUCGUGGUUCCAGUUUUCACAGCUGCGUGUGCACACUAUCGUACGUACUACUGCGAAUUCCCAUUUUACGAAAGAUACUUCUCUUAUCUCUAAAACAUGCAGUUCAUUGUCAUGCACAUCUUCCUUACGAUUUUAAGCAGACUAUCGCUUUGAAAAAACCUAAUUACACUCUCUGUACCUAAUUUUACUUUAAUGUCAGUUGGUGGGGAGAAGACAUCGAAUUCCGCCGCUACUUACACUUAAGCGUUAAUGUAAAUCAAUGUAAUUCUUCAGAAUAUUAUAGUAAUUUUGAACGA